GAAAGGACUGUGAGAUGUUUGCUGCUGGUCUCUGCCCUCUGCCUGGCUGGCGGUGAAGGCAACAAGAGUGAGCUGGCGAGCCCACACGACCCGAGGCGAGGGGUUGCUCUCCGUCCCAAGAGGAGCCUGGACGCCUGCCUGCCAAACCUGUGCCAGCAUCAGGGCGAAUGCCAGGUGAUGGAGGACAGACCCGUUUGCAGGUGCAAACCAGGCUUCACAGGCGCAUUUUGCCAAGAUGUGGUACUGAAGCUGGCCUGCGAGGAAGAGCACAUGAAGAUGAUGGUGAGGAAGGAGGUGUUUGAACUCUUGAAAAUCCCGCGUGAGCUUGUCCGCUUGAGGAACCGGGCGUGCAAGGUCUCAGAAAGGGAAGAAGAGGGCGAGCUGUUUUUUGCAGCCAUUCUCACAGGUGAAAACCACACUGCCUGUGGAUCAAUAAUUCAGCAAAACAGCUCCCAUGUGUCAUACUCCAAUGUCAUUGAGUCGGAGCAGGAAGCAGGCAGGGGCGUGAUCUCCCGAAGUGUUCAGCUGGAGGUGCAUUUCUCCUGCAUCUACGCCUACGAGCAGGUGGUGAAGCUGCCCUUUGCUCUCACUGCUGUUGACAGGCUGGUGCAGUUUGUGGUCAGAGAAGGACAUUUCAACGUCAGCAUGAGACUGUACAAGACCCGCUCCUACCUCCAGCCCUAUCACCUGCCAACCACAGCCAUCCCUGUCAUGGACACAAAAAAAAAAGGACAGCACCAGCUCAAGUACUUCUUGCUGAGUGUUGAGGACUGCUGGGCCACGCCAAGCGCAGAUCCCUACCAGGCUGUGCGACACAAACUCAUUGAGAAGGGGUGUCCCCAUGACAAGACAGUGGCAUACCUGAACACCAUUGGAGAGAGCACUACUGCCAAGUUCAGCUUCCAGAUGUUUCAGUUUGUUGGUUACCCCGAGGUGUUCCUGCACUGCCGUGUCCAGCUGUGUCUCCCUGACAGCCCGGAGCCCUGUGCCAAGCAAUGCCCCUGGCAGUGGAGGAGCAAGCGGGCGCUGGCAGAUGACUACAAUAAGAUUGUCUCCUACGGGCCCAUCCACCUGCUGGCUGCUCCUUCCCUGGGAGCAGAGACCCACCAUUCCAGGACUGAGCAACAGGACCGGGGGGGACCCAGUCCGUGGCUCCCCGGGGGCCUCAUCCUGCUCUGUGCACUUGGUGUGCUCACCAUGGCUGCUGCAGCUGUCAGCGCCAGGCAGCGAACAGCAUAG